CACCGAUACAAACGCUCUGACAUCCAACUGAUUGACUGCGCAAAAUCAACGACAGCAACCUUCGCAGAGUCAAGCAAUCGUCUGAAGCGCCUUCACUCGCGUUUUCUCACGCUGUGGCCGCUAACGAGGCUUUGAAAUGACCACAGCUCAUCCAGAUAUACCAUAUCUGGCUGCAGCGCGGAUGUAUUGCUAGCGCCAUUUCUGCAUUUGUGUUCAACCGCACCGACACGGUUGCGGACGACACGCGACAUGGCAGGCAUUUACUCUCCAGCGGCAUUCACAAGCCCCGCAAAGCCCUCUCCCGAGCCAGAGGAGGAUGCUUCAGGUAUUAGGGCUGCAUCGACCACGUCUUCGCCGCGGCUGUUGGAAUGGCCGUCACCGGGAAUGCACUCACCCGGGAGAGGAAGUGUCUGUUCGCUGCAAGUGAAGCCCAAUGAGUAUGAUGUUGCUAGGUUCUUCACUGCGCGCGACAUUGUGGAUCUGAUCAACCAGCUGCAUAAGGCAGCUAAGAUUUCAGGGGAUGAAGCCACCGGCAUGCAAGGAGACGAGCAAGUAAACCGCAUCAAGGCCAAAUGCAGCAAAGUGUGCGGCAUGUCCAACCGCCUCAUCGACCUGUACGUGGGCACCAUCAAGGCCAAGGUGGCGCGUAUCCUGCGCAAGCUGGGCCUGGGCCAAUCCAAAGGCCAGGACCUGCUGUACCACCACCUGAACCUCCUGCAGGCGCUGGUGGAUAAGGCGUUCGCGGCGUUCAAUGCGGUGCAGUACACGGAGGCGGUGCGCAUCAAGCAGGCCAAGCAGGGUGAAGCACGUCGGGAGAUCUCCGCCAACCUGACGUGGCGUUCGCCGACGGACCGCAAGGCUCCCUUCAGGCCGGGCUCGCACGGCAGUGUGCCGCAUCCGGCCCAGCACGUGGAUGUGAAGGACCUCCUGUGGGAGGCCCACAAGCAGUACACGAUCAUGGCGGAGGAGCUGAUGGAGCUCAAGGUCAAGCUGGUGGCGGUGGACCGCGCCGUUAUCCAGGAGGCGGUGCAGGAGGCCGAGGCCGAGGGUGAUGUCCCGGACCCGCUGCCCAAGGCCAAGCCCGGACCUGGCGGUGUGUCCUACGGCUUCAACACCCGGUACGGCGCCGACGCGGCCGGCCGCCCGGGUGCCACUGGCCCGCGCAGCCCCGCAGGCAGCCGCAGCCCGGCCGGCGGGCUCAGCCCCGCGGGCGGUACCAGCCCGCACGGCAGCCGGCGCACCAGCGCCUCGGGCAGCGGCCUGCCGUCGCGCCUCAUGCGUGCCAGUCUGGAGACCGGCAGCUCGCGCGAGGGUGGCCUGCUGCCCAUGCUGUCAGUGGUCAACGAGCUUGGCGGCCCCAGCUCCGGCGGUGGCCUGCCCACGACCGAGUCGAUGGAGGUGCGCGCAGACGCAGCGGAGGCCCUGGCUGCUGCCGCAGCGGCAGCUGCCGCCAAGCAGCAGCGGUCUCAGCGCGCCGCCGACUCGGCGACGAGCCUGCAGGGCGCGUCCACGUCGCGGCGGACCUCACAGGCUGACCGCAAGGAGGUGACGGAGCUCGGCAAGAUCCUCAAGCCCGGCGUGCGGCCGCCCGGCGCUAGCGCGUCCGGCGCGUCCGCUAAGCAGGCGGCCACGUCGCGCAUUCCCGCAACCUCGGCCGCGCGCGCCGCUGCACCCGCUCCCACCAACCGCAUCACCAAGCCUCUCGGCAGCGGCGCCGCCGCAGCCAAGACAGUCGGGCGGCCGCUCACGCAGCUGCGGCCGGUGGGCGGAGCGGCGGCCUCUGCGUCAGGUGCUUCCACUUCCACUUGGCCGGCGGCGGAGCCGUCAACUGAGGACUACGAGCAGCCCGGCACCGAGGAGGUGGAGGAGGCGCUGGAGGAUGAGGCACUGCAGGAGCAGAGCGACGCGGUCAGCCAGGAGAUGUCGGGCUCGCGCAUGCCGACGCAGGGCUCCAGCGAGAACCAGUUCGCCAUGUCCCCCGGCGUGGAGGACUCGGCGUGGCUGGGCUCAGGGGGCGGCGGCUCGGGCGCGUCCUCGGCCCGGCACAGCCGCUACGCACCACCGUCGGGCGCGGCAGCUGGCACGGGCAUUGUGGUGGGCUCCACUGGCGCGGAUGCCGACGAUGUACCGCUUGUGUCCAAUGCCGACUACUCGCGCCUAAAGGCCGAGCUGCAGGCUCGCACGACAACGAGCGAAAUCCUAUCAUCGCAGGCCGCUUCGGCGGUGGAGCAGUUGCUGCUCAUGGCGCGCGAGAAGGAGGACGGCCGCGAGAUGCUCCGCGAGCUGGCUCUUGAGGCUCUGCGGCUGGCCGAGCGCGACCCGGUCAGCCUGGUGGCGGCUCUGGAGGCGCACGGCUUGACGGCUGAGCAGCUGGCGGCGGCAGCGGCGCGGUGCCAGUCGGACCAGGCCAGCACCCCCGACCUUCAGGCGCUACUGCGGAUUUGCCUGACGCUCUUGGGCCACGAGCUGCGCUCCUCCCACAAGCAACAGCAGCAGCUGCUCAUGCUACCCGGCAUCUCCACCGACACUGCCGCCUCUGCAUCCGCCGAGGCUGACGCAUCUGAAGCGGCGUCACGCUCUGCCGCUGCGGCACCUGAGUCCAGCUGCCGCUCGGGCGCCGACGGCACGCCGUGCUUCCAGCGCAGCUGCCCGCGGUGCGGCGAGCUGGCCGCCUUCCUGGACCAGCUGCUGCCGCUGCUCAACGCGGCAACGGGCCGCAGCUCAGUCGCCCUGGCUGCGGACGGCUCACAGGAUGAGGUGGUGAUGAUGCCCCUGGCGGCCGCGCUGGACGUGCCCAACACCGCCGCGGUGCUGCAGCGCCUGGGCUCCGUGGUGGGCCAGCUCAAGCGGCUGGAGGACCAGUCGGCGGCGCUGGCAGCGGACCUUGCCGCCGAGCGCGCCCAGCGCAGCCAGGCGGAGGCGGCGGCCGCCAGGCUGGCGGCGGACCGGGACGCGGCGGCGGCGAAGCUCAGCAACGCGGAGCGGCGGCUGAGCGCAAGCCAGGUCCGUGUGGACGAGCUGCGCGGCGAGCUGGAUGACAAGGCGGGCGAGGUUGCCGUGCUGGAGAAGCACAUUGACGCCACCAAGGCCACACCUGUGCUGCCAUCCGUGGGCAGCACCGGCUUUGGCAUCUUUGGCGCAAACAUGCUGAGUGCCACCGAGAUGGAGCUGGAGGGGCUGCGGGCGGAGCACGACAACCUGCGCUCCAAGGCCGACAUGCAGGCUACCGAGCUGCGUGCCCUGCAGAAGGAGGUGUCGGGCCUGCGGGCGGCGCGCGACAAACUGGUCGAGGAGCUGCAGGAGAUGCAGUCCCGCAUGGAGCUGCACGAGGCCGCUGAGCUGCUGGCAGAUGAGGAGAUUGCCGCGUCCUCGCUGGCCGCCACCACCAGGGCGGCCGCGCCAAUGUCGCCGUCAUCCGGCAAGACUAAGGCCGGAGGCACUCCUAAGGCAGCAGCGAGGGCCUCACCGCGUGGCGUGCCGCCGGCUGCGCCAGGCAGCUCCACGGCGGGCAAGGCCCGCCGGAGCAGCAUGCGCGCGUCGAUGGACAUGCCCACAGGGUUGAUGAGCAGCUUAGGUGGCCACCGCACUUCGGGCAGUGGCCACACGGCAGCGUUUGGUAGUACGGUGCGGCCGGCAGCAGGCGCCGCAGGUGGCGGCCUGCCCCGCAGCCGCGUCAGUGCGGACGGGGGCGUGCGCAGCAGCACCAGUAGCCUGCCACACCACGCCUCGCUGGCGACAGCACGCACGAGCAGCGGAGCGCCGGACUCCGCCCGUGCCUCGCGGCCCGCGGGCACGCUGACGCUUGGCGUGACGCUGGGGCGCAGCAACUCCAUGACCGCGCCUUGCUCGGGUGCCAGCACGCCGCGCCAGAACUUCGAUGCGCUGGCCAAGCUGGAAGAGGUGCAGCUGCAGCUAGCGGAGGCGGAGGCCUCGCGCCAGGCGCUCGAGUGCCAGCUGCAGGCGGCACAGGACCUGAUCGCCGGCAAGGACUCAGAGCUGACCACCGCCAACCUGAUGCUCGCUGAAUACGAGAAGCAGCUGAGCGUCAGCGCACGCCAGCACCAGCCGCAGCACCAGCCACAGGCCGCCGACGGGAUUCCGCUGUCGCACCUGAUGGCGCCGACCGCGAACAGUUCGGGCGCCAAGAGCCCCGACGCCCUGCCGGCCGGCGACGCCUUUGCCGUGGUGGCUCUGUCGCCGCGCACCCGCUCGGCGAAUGCCACGCCGUCGGCGCUGGACGCCGUCAUCAGCGGCGUGCCGUCGGCAGGCGGCGCCUCGGACGUGUCCUCGGGCGUGCGCCACAUUGACGACGUGGUGUCCAAGCUGGAGGCGCUGCAGGCCGAGUGCCAGGAGCUGACGCGCCGCGCCGCUGAGGUGGACGCCGAGCGGCAGGCGGCGGUGGUGGACGCGGACGACCGCGGCGCGGAGCUGCAAGCCACCAAGGAGUACAUCCUGGAGCUGGAGCAGGAGGCGGAGCUUCUGCGCGAGAUGGCGGACAAGGCCGCGGUGCAGCUGCAGGACCAGGAGCGCGCGCUGCAGGACCAGCUGCGCAGCCUGGAGGAGGCACAGGCGGCGCAGUCGCAGGCGGAGCAGGCCGCCGAGCUGCAGGCCGUGCUGGUGCGGGAGCAGGCCAAGCAGCUGGCGGAGGCGCAGGCCGCGCUGGACGAGGCGCAGGCGCGCGCGGCCAAGCUGGUUGAGGAGCGCGAGCAGGACGCCGAGUCGCGUGCCAGCCUGGAGGCCGAGCUGGCAGCGCUGCGCAUGGAGGUCGCGUCCCUGCGCAAGCAGCUUGCAGAUUCACAAGCAGCGCUUGCGGAGGCCCGGGAGCAGCUGGCGGCGGCCCGUGCGGCGGCGGAAGCGGCCGACAAGGCAUUGGUUGAGCUGCGGGAGUCCUCCGCAGCGGAGCUCAAGACUGCAGCGGCGGAGGCAGAGACCAUGCGUGCGGCGCUGUUGACCCAGGUGGCGGCGGCGGAGGCGUCUCGUGAUGACCUGCAGUCUCGCCUGGAGGCUGCGGAGUCCGCGCGCGCCGAGGGCGACGCACAGCUGAGCGCUGCCAAGGCCAGCGAGGAGGCGCUGACGCAACGUCUGCAGGAGGCGACCAAGGAGCAGAAGUCCACAGCCGCGGAGCUUGCAGAGGAGGUGAAGGCGCACGCUGAGCUGUUGACUCGCCUGGACGCGGUGGAGGCUAGCCGCAAGCAGCUUGAGUCUGAGCUGGAGGCGGCCGGUACCUCCAACGCAGACCUGGAGUCCCGCGUGGCAGCCGUGUCAGCUGAGCGUGACAGCCUCAACUCGCAGCUUGUCGCUGCCGAGGCCGCCAAGGCCGAGCUGGCAGCGAAGCUGCAGGACGCGCAAGACUCGCUGCAGUCCCUGCAAGUGCAGCUGGCGGAUGCCAAGGCUGCUCGCUCGGAGCUGGAGGCGCAGGUGCAAGCCGACGACGCCGCACUGCGCGACCUUCGCUCAGAGCUCGCCACCUCUGUGGCGGCUCUGUCAGAGCUGCGUGCCGAGCAGAGCGCUUUGGAGCAGGCCCGCGAGGAGCUGCGUGUGCGAUUGAACGUCUCGGAAGAGGCCCGCAAGAAGGCUGAGGCUGAGGUGGUUUCGUCGCAGCGUGCCCUGGCGGCGGCAGAGGCCUCACACAAGGUGGCUGCCGCUGAGGCGGCCGCUGCUGCGGCUGCGGCCGCUGCGGCUCGCGAGAGUGCCUCUGACCGGGCAUCGCGCCUGGAGACCACGCGGCAGCAGCUGCAGACCCGCCUUGACGCCGCGGAGGCGGAGGUUGCCAAGCAGCAGGCCAGCGUUCGCGCGCUUCAGCAGCAGCUGCAGACGGCACAGGAGCGCGAGGCCGCGCUGCAGGAGGAGACGGCCACUGUUGCCGUCCUGCGCGCCCAGGAGGCGGCCAGCACCGUGGAUGCCCACCAGCAGUCGCUCAAGGAGAUGCAGGCCCGCCUGGAGGAGCUCCGUGCGGACGCGGACGCCCGCGGCGCCAAGGUCGACUCCCUGGAGGCCCAGCUCGCCACUGCCAUUGCAGAGCAGGACCGCCUGGCCAUGGAGGCCGCCUCGGCCGCCGCGCACAGCGAGAUGCUGGAGGCGCAGCUGGCGCAGAUGAAGGCGGAGAACAUGCGCCUGCAGUCAGAGCUGGCAGCGGCGCAGGAGGCGAAUGCGGAACAGGCGCGCCAGUCUGCGGUGCAAGUGGCGGCGCUUGAGGCGCUGCUGGCCUCUACACGUGCGGACAGCCACGAGCAGGCCGAGCGUGCGGCGCUGCAGGCGGCCGAGUUGGAGGCACAGCUGCAGAUGGCAAGGGUCGCGCUGCAGGAGUACACAGCCGAUUCAGCAGCGCGUGUUGCUGCACUCGAGGGGCAGCUUGCGGCGGCCCACAGUAUCAGCGCUGAGCACGCGCGCCAGUCUGCAGAGCAGACCGCGGCACUGGAAGAGCAGCUGCAGAAGGCGCGCAUGGAGCUCGAGGAGCAGCAGCAGUCUGCUGCCUCGAGGGUGGCGGAGCUCGAGCAGGAGCUCACGUACGCACGCGCUACCAGCGCGGAGGCGGCACGGCGCGCAGCAUCCACCGUUGCUGGACUGGAGGCAGAGCUGCAAUCUAUCCGUGCUGGCGGCAUGCAGCAGGUGGAGCGCUCCGUGGCGCAAACGGCAUUGCUGGAAAUGCAGCUCGAGGCCAUGCGGAAGGAGCUCGCGGAGGAACGGCAAGCAGCCGCGGAGCGCCUUGCACUGGCGACAGCUGCAGACGAUGCGCUGCGCGCAGACCUGCUGGCACAGGCGACGGCUGCCGCUGCAGUGAAGGAGGCGCUUCAAAGUCGCCUGCAAGCCGCGGACCAGGGACGUGCCGACAGCAUCUCGCAGCUGCAGGCUGCGGAGGCGGACAAGCGUCAGCUUUCCGAGCAGCUCGCACAGGCAGCCGCUGAGCAGAAGUCCACGGCCGCUAAGCUUGCGGCAGCGGAGAAGGCAAAGGCCGACAUCGCCACCCGCCUGGCGGCUGCGGACUCCGCUCGUGCCGAGCUUGAGUCUGAGCUGGAGGCGGCCGGUACCUCCAACGCAGACCUGGAGUCCCGCGUGGCAGCUGUGUCAGCUGAGCGUGACAGCCUCAACUCAAAGCUUGUCGCUGCCGAGGCCGCCAAGGCCGAGCUGGAGAGCCGCCUCGAGGCCGCCGACGUGUCCAGCCUCAAGCUGCGAUCGGAGCUGGAGGCGGCUGGCACCUCCAAGGCCGACGUGGACAGCCGGCUGGUGUCGCUGGUGGCUGAGCGUGAGCAGCUGGCGUCGCAGCUGAGCGCCGCUGACGCUGAGCGCGCGGAGCUGGAGGGCCGUGUGCAGGCUGCAGACGUCGCUCGUGCCGAGCUUGAGUCGCAGCUGGCGUCUGCCGCUUCGGAGAAGGCCGAGGUGCAGUCUCGCCUGGCGUCGGUUUCGGCUGAGCGCGACUCGCUGUCGGCGGAGCUGGCUGCCGUGGAGUCUGCGAAGGCAGAGGCGGAGUCGAAGCUUGCGGCUUUCGAUGCGUCCGUUGUGGAGCUCACAGCGUCCCUUGCUGGCUCUGCUGCGGAGGUCCGUCGCCUGCAGGAGGAGCUGUCAUCUUCGCAGGCGGCUCGUGAGCAGCUGCAGAAGCAGCUCGGGGCCGCGGAGGAGGUUGGUGAGCAGCUGCAGGAGCGCCUGGCGGUGUCAGAAGCACAGCUGGCACAGGCCAAGACCGCGGCAGAGCAGGCCAGCAAGCUGGCUGCGUCACAAAUUGAGUCUCUGGAGGCACAGCUGGCAGCAGCCCAGGCAGAGAACGCGCAGUCAUCCGAGACCUUCACCGCUCAUGUGGAGUCUCUGGAGUCGGAGCUUGCUGCGGCUCGCUCCGCGCACGCCAAGGCCUCCGAGAGUGCCGCUGCGUCCAUCGCCGCGCUCGAGGUCUCGCUGGCCGCUGCGCGGUCCGAGACGAGCCACCACCAAGACCGCUCGGCAUCCGAGGUUGCCAUUCUAGAAGGCCGUCUGGCGGCUGCUCAGGCGGAGCGUGAUGAGGCGGUCCAGCGCGCGGCUAGCCAUGUCGCGGAGCUGGAGGUCAAGCUGGCCGCCGCUCUUGCCACGACCGCAGCAGCAGCUUCCCGCUCCUCUGCAGUCGUUGACGCGUUGGAUUCGCAGCUUUCGGCCGCUAACAAGCAGCUGGCGGCGGCCCACGCGGCGGCGGAGGCGGCUGACAAGGCACUGGCUGAGCUGCGGGAGUCCUCCGCAGCGGAGCUCAAGACCGCAGCGGCGGAGGCGGAGGCCAUGCGUGCGGCGCUGCUGGCCCAGGUGGCGGCGGCGGAGGUGUCUCGUGAUGACCUGCAGUCUCGCCUGGAGGCUGCGGAGUCCGCGCGCGCCGAGGGCGACGCACAGCUGAGCGCUGCCAAGGCCAGCGAGGAGGCGCUGACGCAACGUCUGCAGGAGGCGACCAAGGAGCAGAAGUCCAUAGCCGCGGAGCUUGCAGUCAGGGAGGACGCGCACACUGAGCUGUUGGCUCGCCUGGACGCGGUGGAGGCUAGCCGUAAGCAGCUUGAGUCUGAGCUGGAGACGGCCGGUAGCUCUAACGCAGACCUGGAGUCCCGCGUGGCGGCCGUGUCCGCUGAGCGCGACAGCCUCAACUCGCAGCUUGCCGCUGCCGAGGCCGCCAAGGCCGAGCUGGAGAGCCGCCUCGAGGCUUCCGACGUGUCCAGCCUCAAGCUGCGAUCGGAGCUGGAGGCGGCUGGCACCUCCAAGGCUGACGUGGACAGCCGGCUGGUGUCGCUGGUGGCUGAGCGUGAGCAGCUGGCGUCGCAGCUGGGCGCCGCUGACGCUGAGCGCGCGGAGCUGGAGGGCCGUGUGCAGGCUGCAGACGUCGCUCGUGCCGAGCUUGAGUCGCAGCUGGCGUCUGCCGCUUCGGAGAAGGCCGAGGUGCAGUCUCGCCUGGCGUCGGUUUCGGCUGAGCGCGACUCGCUGUCGGCGGAGCUGGCUGCCGUGGAGUCUGCGAAGGCAGAGGCGGAGUCGAAGCUUGCGGCUUUCGAUGCGUCCGUUGUGGAGCUCACAGCGUCCCUUGCUGGCUCUGCCGCGGAGGUCCGUCGCCUGCAGGAGGAGCUGUCAUCUUCGCAGGCAGCUCGUGAGCAGCUGCAGAAGCAGCUCGGCGCCGCGGAGGAGGCUGGCGAGCAGGCCCGUCAGCAGCUGUCUGCUGCGACGGCGAAGAGCGCUGAGUUGGAUGCCGCCCUUGCGGCGGCAUCCGCUGCGCUUGCAGCGGCUGAGGCCCGGCUUGCCAGUGAGCGCGCUCAGGCUGCUGACGCGGCCAAGUGUGCAGCUGCGGACAUUGAGACGCUAGAGUACCAGCUGGCUAACGCACGUGCUGAGAAGGAGCAGCUGUCUGAGACCUUCACUGCGCACGUUGACUUGCUGGAGUCGCAGCUGGCGGCAGUGCGCACAGGAACAACGGUCCAGGCCGAGCGGAGCGUGGCGCAGACGGCCGUCCUUGAGGCCGCCCUGGCCAGCGCGCGGCGGGAGCUGGCGGAGCAAAGCGACCAGUCGCAAACGCACGUGGCGCAGCUGGAACAGCAGCUGGCGACAGCGCAGGCAGAGCGUCACGAGGUGGUGAAGCAAGCUGCAGGCCACGUUGCUGCCCUUGAGGCUAAGCUGGCUGCUGCGCAAGCCGCCACUGAGGCUGCGGCCUCGCGUGCAUCUGCUCUCAAUAGCAUGCUUGAUUCGCAACUGGCGGAAGCCCGGGAGCAGCUGGCGGCGGCCCGUGCGGCAUCGGAAGCGGCCGAAAAGGCAUUGGUUGAGCUGCGGGAGUCCUCCGCAGCGGAGCUCAAGACCGCAGCGGCGGAGGCGGAGACCAUGCGUGCGGCGCUGUUGGCCCAGGUGGCGGCGGCGGAGGCGUCUCGUGAUGACCUGCAGUCUCGCCUGGAGGCUGCGGAGUCCGCGCGCGCGGAGGGCGACGCACAGCUGAGCGCUGCCAAGGCCAGCGAGGAGGCGCUGACGCAACGUCUGCAGGAGGCGACCGAGGAGCAGAAGUCCACGGCCGCGGAGCUUGCAGUCCGGAAGGACGCGCACGCUGAGCUGUUGACUCGCCUGGACGCGGUGGAGGCUAGCCGCAAGCAGCUUGAGUCUGAGCUGGAGACGGCCGGUACCUCCAACGCAGACCUGGAGUCCCGCGUGGCAGCCGUGGCAGCUGAGCGUGACAGCCUCAACUCGCAGCUUGCCGCUGCCGAGGCCGCCCAGGCCGAGCUGGAGAGCCGCCUCGAGGCCGCCGACGUGUCCAGCCUCAUGCUGCGCUCGGAGCUGGAGGCGGCUGGCACCUCCAAGGCUGACGUGGACAGCCGGCUGGCAUCGCUGGUGGCUGAGCGUGAGCAGCUGGCGUCGCAGCUGAGCGCCGCUGACGCUGAGCACGCGGAGCUGGAGGGCCGUGUGCAGGCUGCAGACGUCGCUCGUGCCGAGCUUGAGUCGCAGCUGGCGUCUGCCGCUUCGGAGAAGGCCGAGGUGCAGUCUCGCCUGGCGUCGGUUUCGGCUGAGCGCGACUCGCUGUCGGCGGAGCUGGCUGCCGUGGAGUCUGCGAAGGCAGAGGCGGAGUCGAAGCUUGCGGCUUUCGAUGCGUCCGUUGUGGAGCUCACAGCGUCCCUUGCUGGCUCUGCCGCAGAGGUCCGUCGCCUGCAGGAGGAGCUGUCAUCUUCGCAGGCGGCUCGUGAGCAGCUGCAGGAGCAGCUCGGCGCCGCGGAGGAGGCUGGUGAGCAGCUGCAGAAGCAGCUCGCGGCCGCGGAGGAGGUUGGUGAGCAGCUGCAGGAGCGCCUGGCGAAGUUGGAAGCACAGCUGGCACAGUCCAAGACCGCGGCAGAGCAGGCCAGCAAGCUGGCUGCGUCGCAAGUUGAGUCUCUGGAGGCACAGCUGGCAGCAGCCCAGGCAGAGAACGCGCAGUCAUCCGAGACCUUCACCGCUCAUGUGGAGUCUCUGGAGUCGGAGCUUGCUGCGGCUCGCUCCGCGCACGCCAAGGCCUCCGAGAGUGCCGCUGCGUCCAUCGCCGCGCUCGAGGUCUCGCUGUCCGCUGCGCGGUCUGACACGGACAGGCUCUCUGGCCGUGUCAAGGCUAUUUCCGAAGAGCUGGCGGCGUCGCAUGCCGAGACCGCAACCGCACUCAACCGUGUGUCAGCUCUGGAGGCAGACCUGCAGGCCGAGCGUAGCGCUGUUGUGGCGCACGUUGACCGCUCCGUCUCGGAGGCGACGGUGCUGGAGGGCGCCCUGGCGGCCGCUCGCCGUGAGCUAGCGGAGCAGACCAUGGAGUCGGAGGCGCAGCUUGCGGCCCUGAACGGGAAGCUGGAGGCGGCCAGGGCGGAGGCUGCGCAAGCGCACGAGCGCGCGUCUGCGCAGGUUGCUGUGCUCGAGUCCCAGCUGGCGGCGGCACAUGCCGCCACUACGGAGGCAGCAGCGUGCUCUGCAGCGCUGGUGGCUGGUCUGGAGCUGCUGCUGGCGGAUGCUCGCGCCGAGAGCGCUGCGGCCGCUGAGCAGCACGCCGUGCAGGUCGCGCAGCUGGAGGCAAAACUUGUGGCAGCGCACGCCGAGACGGUCGAGCUAGAGCGGCGCUUCAAGGCCCAGGUGGCGGCGCUAGAGGCCGAGCUGGUGGAGGCUCGCGCCGAGUGUGCCGCUGUCGCCAGCUCCGCUGCGGCUGAGGCCACAGCGCUCCAGGCGCAGCUGAAGGCAGCCCGCGAGGACGCAUCAGUACAUGCCACGCGUGUGGCGGCGCUGGAGCAGGAGCUGCAGGGGUUGGCUGAGUCGCUGCGGCUUGCGCGUGAAGCGCAGGAGCAGCACGCGGCGGAGGCAGGCGCGCUGCGCUCACGGUGCCAGGAUACGACGUCUCAGGCCGAGAGCAGCUCUCAGCAGCUCGCGGAGAUGGAGCAGACGGUGGUGCGGCUGCAGGUGGUCGUCCAGGAGCGCGAAGCAGCGGUCCGCGACGGCGAGCAGCAAAUGGCCGAGCUGCGCAGGGACCUGGACUCAGCCACGGCGGCGCUGGCGCAGUCGCAGGCAACCGUUGACCGGCUGACUGCUGCAGUGGGUGCGGCGACGACGGUUGCUGCCGCGGCCACUGCAGCGGCCGAGGCCGCUGCGGCACAGCAGGAGCACGCUCUGGCUGCAUCCACCGCUGAGCGCGAGCGGCUGAAGGCGCUGCUGGUUGAGCUUCAGGACGCCUCAGCGGCACAGACGGCGCUGGUGUCGGGCCUGCAAGGCGAGGUGGCGGAGCUGCGGGUUGCCCGUGCGGCCGUGGCGCAGCAGUUGCAGGAGACGCAGGAGCGGGCCGAGGCCUCCGAGGCCGCGGUGGUGGCGGCGGAGGGCCAGCUGGCUGAGGCCGAGGCGCUCGCUUCGGAGGCGCGCCGCCAGGCCGAGGCCCAGCGUGUGGUGCUGGUGGCCGCGGAGUCGCGCUUGGCGGCGGCGGACGCCGGGGCCCGUGACGCCGCCCACCGCGCUGACGUGCACGUUGCGGCGCUGGAGGAGGCGCGCGGCGAGCUAGUGGCGGCGGUGCAGGCCGCCCGCGCGGCAGAGCGCCGUGCUGACGAGCAGGAGGCGUACGUCAAGGAGCUGCAGGCCGAGCUGCUGCGCAUGGAGGAGGCGGUGGCGGCGGCCGAACGCGAGGUGGUGCUGGCCAAGGCGCGGGCCAGUGAGUCGUCGGCGGCGUCGCUCGCGGGCGAUGUGGCGCGUGGCCUUUCGGAGGUCGUGGCUGCGGAGGAGGAGGCAGAGGCGGCGGUGCUCCGGGCGGAGCAGGAGGCAGAGCUGCUCCGCAAGCAGGUGCAUGCCACGGCUGAGCUGCUGCGGACGGCGGAGGCGCGGCGCGCCGACGCCGAGUCCCUUGUGGCUGACACGCGGGCGCACGCGCAGGAGCUGCAGGCGGCGCAGGCGGAGUCAGAGCGGCGCGCGGCCGCGGCAACGGCCGCGCUGGAGGAGGCCGCGAUGCGGCAGCAGGCGGCCGAGGCCAACGUGCGCGCGCUGCAGGACCUGGCGGCGGCGAUGCAGGCAGUGCUGGAGGCGCAGGCAGCGGAGCGGCAGCAGCUGUCGCGCGAGGUGCAGGCGCGUCACGACGACCUGGCCCGCGAGCUGGCGGACGCCCAUGUACUGCUGUCCCAGCAGCACGGCACUGCCAACGGCAUCGUGGACAGCCUGCACGCCAGCCUGGCAGCCGCGGACAGCGACCUAAAGCACGUCAAGACGCGUGUGGCCGAGCUGCAGGCGGAGCUGGCCGCCGCCGCCUCGCGCGUGGAGAGCGCCGAGCACGCCGCCGCCGCCGCUCAGGCGGAGCGGGCAGAGCUGGCGGCGCGCCUGUGCAUCGCCAUUGACGACAGCACCAACGGCCGCGCCAUGGUGCAGCAGCUGUCGGAGGAGCUGGCGCGCUACCGUGACGAGGUGGAGCGCGUGCGCAGCAGCCUGGUGGCCAAGCAGGCGGUGCUGGACCAGCAGGAGGCGCGCCGCGAGGCGGAGCACGCGCAGCUGCGGGCACAGCUGGAGUUCUCCCGGGCGCAGGCGCAGGGCCGCGGCUUCGGCGCUAGCUACCUGGUGGACCCCAUCACCGUCAGCGACGCCAGCAGCGACGGCGCCGGCCCAAGCAACGGCGGCCGGCACGGCAGUCGGGCCCCCGGUGCCCAGACCUGCGGCAAGCCCAUCGUUGGCCACAGCCUGUCUGACCUGGACGGCGAGGGCGAUGCGGCCAUGCAGGAGUUCUUGGAUGGCUGUAUCUGGGGCGUGGGCUACGGGGCCCUGAACGCGCCGGUCCCCGCAGUCACCGCCGCCGCGGCCGCACCCGUAGCCGCGGGCGGCAGCAGCGGCGGCGAGCAGCGGCACCAGCAGGCGCCGCCGACGCCGGAGCUGGUGCCGAGUACUGCCAGGUGUGAGCCGGCGCGGCGCGGCACACGCGGACCUAGCCGGCCUGACGGGCCACAGCAGUCCUCCGGUGCAGCAGCAGGCGCGCAUGCAGGCGCUGAUGGGCAUGAUGGCGCUCAUGCACAUGUCGGCGGCGCAGCUGCCGGCGCUGCCGUAAUAGCGACAUCAGUGCCGGGCUCAGGGGAUGUGUCGGACCAGCCAGCAGGACGGGGCAGCCGUGGCGCCGCCAGCCGCCGGCGGGUGGGCUUAGGCGAAAGCGGCGCCAUGCAUUUCCGGGUGCUGGGUAUUAACCUGCUCGAGAUGAUGGCGCACAAAUGGCAUUUUGAGAAGUGGAAGCAGCAUGGAGCAGGAGCGGACGCUGAAGCAUCCGAAGCAGCAGGGCCACAGGCAGCGGCCGCAGACAGCACUUGACUAUGCCGGGUAGGAGGCCGGCCGACAAGAGACUGAGCGUGUGAGGAAGGGUGUCGUGUUUUAUUACGUUCAUAAAAUGGUAUGAGAGUUGUUGUUUUUGAACUUGAAGACCGGGUGCUUCCUGGUCGCUCGGCGAUCGUGCGUUUGCAUGGCGCGCUGUACUCUGUAUGCAGAGCGGCGCUAGUUAUAUUAGGGGGCGCAGCGUGACGAGGGCGGGGGCAGGUACCCGACCGCAACGGGCAAGUGCACUAGCGGUGUGCACAAUAGCAGGUUGAAAGAGUGCUUCAUUCAACCCCAUUCUAGGCUUCGAUGUCAGAUUCUCUGUACAGAUGAUAGUGCUUUCCUUCCCAUGAACUAUUGAUACCUUUAUGAACUGCUAAGCGAGCAACGUGUGGGGAUGCCCGAUGCCGUGAUGCGGUACAAACUCGUGGUUGGGCUGUGGCGAGGGGCAGUCGUGCUGCUGCAGAGCACCGUACAUUUGUUCCCUGUGUAUACGACUAUAAGCAAAAGGCAGUGAUCAAUGAAGGCACAACGGUACUAGGUGCAAAUGUCAGGCAGCGAAUGGGCACAGUGGCUUGCAUCAUGGGCAAGAGCUGCGCCUGCUGGACGGCACGCCGAAGGCGGUGCAUGGUACCUGACCAUGUCUCCUGCCGAAGGCUCGUCCGCAGCUGUGGAAUGUGCGAUGGGGAGCACAGGUAGAUGCAAACAAUGGUGUAACGAAGAAACGAUGU